UCAAUCAGACCCCACACACCCACUAGAACUACGGAAGGAGCCAGCUGAGCAUUGAGAGUAGUAGCAUUGCUUGGGGAGCUCAGUACAGCCAGGGGUGCUCAGAAUGGGAUUUCCCCCUUACUGGAACUAGAUGGAGAGUCAUCACCCCUAUCCUUUCUCCUGUAACCUCCCCAGUGAGGUUUCUUAAAGGGACCAUGCAACUUUUCCAGUCCUCUCUAGAACUGCCUCUGGAGUAAAGGGAGACUUUGGGGAACGCCUGUUUGUCUUAGAAGCAACACUUCCUCCACUUCUCAGACUCAUCCUUGAGGGAGGGUGGGUCCCCUCUCUGCCUGUCAUUGACAGACACACCAUCACCUUGGUUCUCGGGACCCUCUGACCCCUGACAGGAUCAUGUUCAUGCCACAUUGGAACCACAUCCUAAGGGAGAAGGUACAGCCCUGAGCCAGGACUGGAAAGGGGGUGGGGGGUGGAGCCCUAGGGCUCCCCCCCAGGCUCAAGCUGGAGGGCGGAGAGGAAGCCGGGGUCUACGAUGAAAUGAGUGGAGGCCGCUUUGACUUUGACGAUGGAGGUGCAUACUGUGGGGGCUGGCAAGAUGGCAAGGCCCACGGGCAUGGACUCUGCACAGGACCCAAGGGUCAGGGCGAGUAUUCUGGUUCCUGGAACUUUGGCUUCGAAGUCGUGGGCAUCUAUACCUGGCCCAGUGGCAACACCUAUGAGGGUUACUGGUGUCAAGGCAAGAGGCACGGCCUGGGGAUAGAGACCAAGGGGCACUGGCUCUACAAGGGGGAGUGGACUCAUGGCUUCAAGGGGCGCUAUGGGACCCGGCAGAGCUCGAGCAGCGGAGCCAAGUAUGAGGGCACUUGGAAUAACGGACUUCAGGAUGGCUAUGGCACCGAAACCUAUGCAGAUGGAGGAACUUAUCAAGGGCAGUUCACCAAUGGCAUGCGCCAUGGUUAUGGCAUCCGGCAGAGUGUCCCAUACGGCAUGGCGGUGGUGGUUCGUUCACCACUCCGAACAUCUCUCUCUUCCCUGAGAAGUGAACACAGCAAUGGCACCCUGGCUCAGCAGGAUGCUCCCCCCACCCCCAUGGACGGCAGCGCCUUAGCUCCCCCCACCAUCUCCCGCGGCGGCUUCGCCCUCAGUCUCUACGCCAACGCAGAGGCUGCUGCCAAGCUCUCCCGGGGUAGUGGUGGCUUCUUCCAGAGAGGCUCCCUCCUGGGGAAGCUGAGGCGCUCGGAGUCGCGGAGCUCUCUGGCCAGCCAGAAGAGCCAGGUCAGCUUCCUGAAGAGUAACCUGAGUUCAACCGCCAGUGAUGCCGCCUCCACUACCAGCCUGGGAGAAGGGGCUGAGGGCGAGGACUUUGCCCCGUUUGAGUCUGACAUCGAUGCCACCACCACAGAAACCUACAUGGGCGAGUGGAAGAACGACAAGCGGUCCGGCUUCGGGGUCAGCGAGCGUUCCAGUGGGCUAAAGUAUGAGGGGGAGUGGCUAGACAACCUGAGGCAUGGCUACGGGUGCACCACACUGCCUGAUGGCAAGAAGGAGGAAGGGAAGUACAGGCACAAUGUGCUGGUCAAAGGCAUGAAGAAACGCGUUCUCCCCCUCAAGAGCACCAAAAUCCGGCAGAAGGUGGACCAUAGCGUGGAGGGCGCUCAGCGGGCAGCAGCCAUCGCCCGUCAGAAGUCAGAGAUCGCAGCCUCCAGGACAAGUCAUGCUAAGGCCAAGGCGGAUGGAGCAGAGCAGGCUGCCCAGGCAGCCAACAAUGAGUCCAGCAUUGCACGGACCCUGGCCAGGGAGCUGUCUCCAGACUUCUACCAGCCAGGCCCUGAGUACCAGAAACGUAGGUUGCUCCAGGAGAUCAUAGAGAAUGCUGAAAGUGUUAUGGAGAAUGAAGGCCGUGGACAGGCCCCAGGCAUCCAGGAGCCCCCUCCUGAGAGCCCCCAGCUGCAUGAACGGGAGGCUUCCCUCCAGGGGGGCGGCAGUCCAGCCCGCACCCCAUCUCCCAACCUUGCAGGGACACCCCCUGAGGCUAAGCGGCCUAGGCCGGGAACUCAGAAGGACGGCUUCCUGAGUCCAGGGGACUGGAACGGGGACCAGAGCCGAGAAGGCAGUCGUCCAGUGACUCCAUCUGACGUGGGUGAAAGAAGUAGCAGGAACCCCGCAAGAGCUCCUAGCGACCACAUGGAGAUCCAGCCUCUGCAGCCGCCGCCCCUGCAUCCAGCUGAGGAGCCAGAAGUAGCGCUCUACCAGGGGUACCACAGCUACGCUGUCCGCACCUCACACCCUGCCCCGCUGCCUUUUGACGAGGAUGAGGCUGAUGGCGCUGCCCCCACCACGCCUGUGACACCCCCAGCCUCCCCAGUGUUCAAGCCUGACCUCCAGUCUGAGGAGGCCGUCCCAGCAGCCCCCGCACCCCCAAAGCCAGAGCUGAAAGCCAGGGCCCCCAAAACAGAGGCAAAGCAUCCGCCUUCUCCCAUCAAAUCAGACACCACAAGCCACCCAAAGCCCACCAGGAAAACAGAGGCCCGAGGCUUGUCCAAGGCUGGGGCCAAAAAGAAGGGCCGGCGAGAAGUGGCGGCAGCGGCCUUGGAAGCCGAGAUGGACUUGGAGGAGGCUCCCAACACUGUCCUUAUCUGCAUGGUGAUUCUGCUGAACAUCGGCUUGGCCAUCCUCUUUGUGCAUUUUCUGACCUGAUGUGACCUUGGCUCAGGAGUUCCCACCCAUGCAAAAUUUUGAUCUCUUUGCAAUGACUGGAUGCAACCGCAGCUGUGGAGAGAUGCCGAGGGCAAAAUACUGGGCCCAGGAACUGAUUGCAGGCUUUCCAGCUGUGGCAGCCCCAGCCCUGAAAGAAAACUGCCCUGUAUUCCGUUUAGCUUUCCUGAUCGCAAAUCGGCUUGAUCCCUCCCGAUCUGGGAUGAGGAGGGACCUUCCCACUCUAAGCCUUCUUUGACCCUGAGGAUGGCAUCACCUACAUGAGUGUUUGUGGCUGCACCUGCAUGCGUACCCAGAGAAGGGGACCAGCAAACCCCCCACUCUUCCCAUUUGUCUGGCUGCUGGCUGAGGCGUCUCAGGGAACGCCUCCGGUACAAUGGAAUCACUCUCCCUGACCCUUACCCAAGCCUUUCUUUCCCCAAGCAGCAAUUUGGUCCCACUCUCCCAGGCUGCUGAGAUUAGCCAGCCCAAGCUCUCUCGGAGGACCGCUCUAGAAAUUCAGAGCUGGUUACAGACACUCUGACUCACAUGGCCAGAAGCAGCCAGGAAGGAGGGUGGUAUGAAGGGAAUAGAAGCAUUGGAGAGGCCCUCGCUCUCCUUUGUGGCAGGUGGAUAUCUAGGGCAGAGAGGGGGAAAGCUGCCCUGGCUCAGGCUUGCCUUGCCCCCCUUUCUGCUUCUGGGUUAACACUGCAAAGCAAGAUGAUGGCAGCUUUAACCCAGCCUCCCUACACUCUCCCCGCCAAAAAGAAACAGAACAAAACCAUCCAGUGCAGCUGCCUGAGACCCAAGGCCACGGGGAACACCACUUUGAGUGGAUGAGCCUUUCCUGACCCCCAUGGUGCAAAGGGGCUCCUGCUGUGACCGAGGCAGGCCAGGCAUCCCAUGGAGUUUUAUUGGGAUGGGAGGCUGGGCGCUUGGAGAGCACUGUCUGUUUAUGCUUGAAGAUGACUUUUGGCUUGGCUGGUAGAGGAUGGCACUUGCAUGCACCUAUGUUGAAGGCAGUUUUGUCAGUGGUGGGUCUCCCAGAAUGUGCCCCUCUGCUAUGGAGAGGAGUGGGUAAAAAAGCCCCAAAGGUGAGCUAGUAGGCAGGGAAACCUAAAGGGAAGAAGUUCAGAUCAGUGCCUGUCCCUGGUGCCCUGGCCUAAGAUAAAGCAGAUAAAAAAGAUAAAAGAUAAAAGCAGACAAGAAAUGGGGCUAGGAGGAAAUGGGCAGAUUAUAGGAGCCCACAUUAAGGCAGUGACCGACUGGCUUCUUUCUUGGAUUGUUUUCUUUCUUGGUCCCUGGUUUUUAAAAUUUUCUAAGCUCCCCGCUUGGUCCUAUGUGAGGAAGACUAUCUCCCAGGCCCCAUCAUAAAGAGGGACUAUAAAGAAGGUUUUGGGUGAAAAAUACUCCUUCUCCUCUCCUUUCCUUUCUUCCCACACCCCACCCCGCCUCCAUCCUGUGCUUGCCCAAAGCCUCUGAAAUUGCAAUGGAGAUGGGCAUAGAGGUGGAGGUGGGGCUGAGGAACACUGUGCUUUCUCUAUUAUCUCUUUUCUCUAAAUACUCCUGAGCCUUGUUCCUGGACCUUGGGACCUUGAGAACGAUUGUCCACUUUGCCAAGGUCCAGAUCCCAGCUGCCCUUUAUUUUGGGAUUUCUCUGCAGGGAGGUCAGAGGCACCUACUUUUUUGCUACAGGCUGCAAUGGGGUGCCCAGUCUGGUUUCUGUGUGAUGGUGGGAAUUGACCUUUCAGAGGAGGUGCCUAAAACUACCUGCUACCUCAGCUCAGAGGAUCUCUAUCCCCAGGACUGGCCAUGAGCUUUUAAGGCCUUCUCUGGUCCUGUCUGGAGCCAGAGGAUGAGGGCAGGGAAGUACCUACAUGCUAUGUCUGGCCUAUCUUUCUGCUAUACUCUGUGCGAUAAUAAAGUUACCUGCUCACUGUCCUGA